GUUGCCGACCACUGCACGAGCAGACACAACAUCACACUCACAUUUACUGGGAUUCAACGGGAUAUAACGGCAUUCAUCCGCUGACCGACUGACAGGAGAGUCUGAAUUCCGGGUUCAUUCCAGCAGAGGGGAACAUUUCUAAUUCAGAUGUAACAACAAAAAAGACGCACCGGGUCGUUAAGUGCGCAAAAGCCGCAGCUUGAAACAUUACGCACUGCUAAUUCUGAUCUAUUUCUAUCUAUUUUCGCAUCCCUCCGUCUCCUGCACGGACAACCCAGGGACUGGAGGUUGGGGGACUUUCACAGUAUGGAGUCCUGAUUUUACCAAGCGACCCACGGGGAGAAAUGAAACUGAGAAAAUCCGUCGCCGUGGUGGAAUAUUAAAAAUCUGAUCCCAACAAUAACCCAGGAGAUGUUGCAGCAGAGUUUGGGACUCUAGAGAACAUCCCAACUUUUCUGGUAUCCGUUUUAAUCUCUUCCCCUCUCCUCUACUUCGCCUGUGGGACUUCUAUUUUCGUGACUGAUUUGCAGUACUUCACUCUCUGUCAUGGACCGUUCGACGUCUUUGGAUAUAGAGGCGCUCAAGAUGACCCAGGAGCAGUACAUCCUUGCAGCGCAGCCCAAUCCACUCCACCAGCGGGGGGCGUCGGUGUGCGGUGCCCAGGUUUACCCAGCGGUGGGAAUCUACGGCUGGAGGAAGAGAUGCUUGUACUUCUUUAUCCUCCUUCUACUCGUCACCAUGAUCGUCAACCUGGCGCUGACCAUCUGGAUCCUCAAAGUCAUGAACUUCACUCCGAGCGGUAUGGGGAAUCUGCAAGUGACCAAGGAAGGAGUCAGACUGGAGGGAGUGUCCGAAUUCCUGUUGCCUUUAUACGUCAAAGAGAUCCAGUCCCGUAGGGACAGUCCGUUGAUCCUCCAGUCUGACAGAAAUGUGACCGUCAACGCUAGGAAUGAUCAGGGACAACUGACCGGUCAGCUAACAGUGGGUUCAGAGAUGGUGGAGGCCCAGUGUCAGAGGUUUGAGGUGAGGAGUGCAGAUGGAGAGAGAGUUCUGUUCUCUGCGGACGAAGAGGAGAUCAGCAUCGGCACUGAGAAACUCCGAGUCACAGGGAAUGAAGGUGUGGUGUUCAGCCAUUCUGUAGAAACAUCACAUGUGAGGGCAGAACCCUUCCAGGACCUAAAGCUGGAGUCGCCGACCCGGACCCUGACCCUGGAAGCCCCCAGAGGGGUGGAGGUCAACGCUGGAGUGGGAGACUUCACGGCCUCCUGUAGGAAAGACCUCCUCUUGCAGUCCUCAGAAGGAGAGAUCUUUCUAGACGCAAACACCAUCCGGCUGGGCAACAUUCCCCUCGGCAGUGCUGUGGACCCCCUGGAGGGGGCGCCAGCAGGUACCACAUACACCAAACAGACUGUGUACGAGCUGUGUGCCUGCGCUAACGGCAAGCUCUACCUGUCCCCGGCUGAGAAAGGCUCUACCUGCCAAACCACUAGUAACUUUUGUCUCUGGAGCUGAAAGUGGGAGGUUGACAGACAGCCGGGACAUGUGGACAAUUAGAGUUUGAAGCUAAUGCUAGCCAACAGACUGAAUCAGUGUGGAUUAUGGCUUGGUGGGAAGCUAACGCCAGCUAACAGACCGAAUCGAUAUGGAUUGUAGCAUGGCGAGAAGUUCAUGUCCUUAAACCAAUCGAAUAAUAUGGAUUACAGCUUGGCAGGAAGCUAAUGUUUGCUAACAGACCAAAUCAACAUGGACUGUGGCUUGGUGUAAAGCUAAUACCGCCCAAAGGACUGAAUCAACAUGGACUAGAGCUUGGUGAGAAGCUAAUGCCAGCUCACCGACCAAAUUAAUAUGGAUUGGUCAGUAGCUAAUGCUUGUCAAGAGACUUGGAGGGAAGCUAAAGCCAACAAGUUUAGCUAGUGGGUGUGAUGCUAAAACCACUCCUGGACAUGGAUGGACAGUCACACUCCGGGGCUCUUGUUAGCUGUCUUCGCCAUUGUUGAAUUGCUGCCAUGACGGUUUUUGAAAGUCACAAGGAUUAUAUUUGGGGGUGGCCUGAGAACAGCAAACACUUACAAUGAAAAGUGAGUUGUGUGUUCUCUGUAUGACCAAAAUGUCCUGGAAACCUGCUCCUACUUUUGUUUGGAUAACCAGAUAUGGUGAUGGACUACAAACUCGCCAACAUGGACAUGGACAAGGACUCUGGGUUAACCUGUUCAUCAGUUGGCUCAUAGACAUCAGUGAGGACUGUGGCUUAGCCCUGCGGGUAGCUAACAAAUACAUCAGACAGUGGUUUAGUCUAGUGGGAAGCUAAGGCUAGCUAACGGACCAAUCUAUACCAGAAAGGCCUUCCCCCUCCUCCCCCUCUAGUCUUUCAACCCAGACGUUGACGUUUGACUCCUCCGCAUCAAUCUGCACCUGAUAGUGACAAUGUUCUCCGACCCCACUUUUCAUAGGAUAACUAAUGCAAAUAAUUGUGCUUCGACCUUUUGUGCUUCCACCAGCUUUUUUCCCCUGUAUAUUCUCUGAUUUUUCACAUCUUUGUUAAUUUCUCAGACACACUCUUUUCAUUUUCUCUUCUUUUUUUUUUCUUUUUUCAGAUAAAAUAUUUGACUUGUUAUCUCUUUGUAUCCGGUUCUUUUUCCCCUAUAACAUCUCUGUAAACCUUUAUCUUUAUUAUUCAUAUUUUGCUGUUGCUCUCGGUUAUCUGUUCGCCAUGCUCUAGUUAUUUUUGUUCUCUCUAUGCACCUGCUUCCACUGAACUGGUAAAGAAUUGUCCUCCCUAUCCGUUUUCUUCCACCAGUCUAGUUAAGAAAAAAAAAAAAAAAACAACAAAAAAAAACAACUGAAAACAUGUUUUACCAGCUUUGUUCCACUGGAAACUAUACUCAACAUCACAGCUGUACCAGAUGCAGGGUUUCUCCUCCUCACAGUCAGUUCAGGCUCAGGUGGGUGCUAUGGCAGACCAACAAUUUUACGGUGUUGGGCCAAACCUCCAGUCAGACAGAGACUGCAGUCGGACAGCAGCCAGACCAAUUUUGGUCUUGUUAUGGAGGAUUAUACAUCUUCAUCCUGUGUUCCUUGUCUGUCAGACUUUUUUUUUUUAUUGCAUGUCCUUUCUGCUCUUCUAGCCAAGCCCUUCUCUUACUUCACAGUAAUGUCUUUUUCCUGUGAGAUUUUUCUGCUUGUUUUUGUUCCUUCUUCAGCUUGUUUUGCCUCUCAUUACUCCUUGCUCACCCUCCUCACCAUCUCUAUUUUCUUUCUAGUAGUUAAAUUUCUCAAUUUCAUCAUAUCCUCCUCUCACCCAUCACAACUUUUUUAUUAUUUCUUCAAUCUUUAAUCUUUUUUUUUGGCCAUCCCAAACUCUAUCAGGAAAAAUUGUCCUUCCAAUCUCACGCUUUGCCCACUAUCCAAAGUUCUGCAACCUAAGCAAGAGAAGUCAAGAAGGUCCUAAAUAUUAUUUUGGGGGUUAUUGUUUUAUAUAUCAGUCUCAGAUGGGGAAUAAGUGUGAAUGGCCUGCGAUGGCUGGAAAUCAUAGGAAAUAUGUGUGUGGCAGAAAUCCCCCCUGGAGGAAGUGAUGGAUGGAUUUGGUUGUAUGCGUAUGGACUCAACUGGAUUAAGGCCCUGAGGCGUACUUUCUUUUUUUAAAAUAAAGCGAUACACAGGUGCCUUUGCUGCUGUUGGUAAAAGCACAUCACAGUCUGAACGUUCACACUACCCUCAGUGGACCAUCUGCAAGUGUCUCUGGACGAACUAUCUAUUUAUCAAUCUACCUGUCUAUCUAUUUAGUUUUCUGUCUUCUUCCUCCCCUUCUCUCCUGGUUUUGUAGAACUCUCAGUAUAUCCAGCUGAAAAAAAAAAAAAAAAAGAAAAAUUCAAUCCUGGUUUAAAGUUUCAUUUUCUGAUGUGUUCCCUUAUGGUUUUAUUCUUGAUAAUAAAAAAAGCACAAAUUAUGCCAUGUAUAUAACAAUACCAA